AUGGAUACACAUACAAAGCAUAAUAAUUCUGUAGAAUAUAAUCCUAUACAAGAAAAACUUUUUGCAUCAGUUCGAUGGUUAAUCUCACGAGUUUAUGAUCAAGGAAAUAUACCAGAUUUAUUACAAAAUAUUGUAAAUUUAGAAUAUGAUAAUGAAAGCAAAGAUAGUUGUGCUUUAUCUAAUACGGUUAUGACAACGUUAUCAAAUGGAUCAUUAUAUUCACAAGCAGCUGCAAAAAUUUUAAAAAAUUCAAAUCUUGUUAAUGCUUCUCCUGGGAGUUUACUUCAUGUUCUUACACAAUAUGGUAUUGAUGUCUGCUGUGAUAAUGGUUAUAUGCUGACGGAAGAACAACUAAUCCAACAAAAUUCCUUUGAUGCUUCACCACACUUAGCAAUGAUUGAUGGGCUUAUGACUGCACAAGUAAAUUCACUUAUUACAAUAGAACGGGUUGUUAAUGCAAUCAGUCAAUAUGUUAAUGUUGAACAAAAUGAGUUACCAUUAGAUUCAGUUGAUGCUUUACUUUUUUGGAUAAAUAAAAUAUGUUGCAUAAUAAGGGAUCAUGUUGAAUCCCAAAAUAUUCCAUUAAAUUCUAAAAGUGAAAAUACAACAAUACCCGAAAUGGAAGAUUUAUAUGAAGAUUUUCAGGAUGGGACAUGUAUUUGUACAGUAGUUAAUUUUUAUAAACCAGAAUUAUUGGAUUUUAAUAGUAUUAUUUUUAAUGAUUUUAAUACAGAUGCAGAAAGUUAUUUUAAUUUACAACUUUUAAAAAAUUUUUGCCAAGCCUUACCAAAAAAUAUAUUUCAUUUUGAAAUUGAAGAUUUACUUAUACUUCCUGAAUGUAUGCAAAUAAAUCUUAAUGUAUUUUUAGCUGAGUUAUUUGAUAUACUAGAGGAACCUCAAAUUCAAAGUUUACCACCAUCUGUACCUGAAACACCAGUUCGUCGACGUUUUGUAGAUGUUCAACCAAUUGCUGGACUUCGUCCUCAUCUAGAUUACCCUCCACCUCAACGACCUAAUGAUAAAGUUUAUGCUAAUGUACAAAGAGGAAUCAGAAAUUUUAAAGAACCUAGAGCUAAUUCAAUGAUAUCAGCUGAUUCCUUAGCAUAUCCUAGAAAUAAUAACCAUAAUCAGGUAUAUAGGCAAACAUUACCACCUGGUGUGUUAACAACAAAUUUUUCUUCUAUUCCACAGCAGAAUAUUUCUCCUAAUCAUGAACAAACACAUUGUUAUAAUGACGAUUAUAACAGUUCACCAUCAAUGGAAAACUCUUUAGCUACACAAAAUAACACAAUAAGCCGUUCUGCUAAUAUUAGAUUAGCAUUAGAAGAAAAACGAAGAGAAUUUAAUAAAAAUCGGGCGAUACAAAGUAAUGCCAUAGAGGAAAAAAGUAUGAAAACGGGAAAAGAUGCAUUUUUUAAAUUAACAUCUAGAAAUCAAACACAUGAACCAAAUUUAUCUCCUAAUAGUGGCGUUCAAAGAGCUCGAACAAUGAGUGAAAUUGGUAUUAUACAAAAUUCACAACAAAUUAAUAAACCCAAUAAUCAAGGAUCACAAUUAUUUAUGAGUCAAAGUGGUACAAGUACAGAAUCAGAACAAAUACGACAACUUCAAGAACAACUUCGUAAUGUUCAAAUUGCUCUUAAUCAAGCUACUUUACAUCAAAAUAGUGAACAAAAUUUUGGAAUGCAAGCUAAUACACUACCUAGAAAUUUAUCUCAACCAUCAAUUUAUAAUUCUAAUGAUGCAUAUAUGCAUAAUUUUAGUAAUCCAUAUGAAACACUUCAACAUCAAAGAUCACCUCAAUUAGCACAACAUCCUUAUGGAAUGAUGACACAUACUCAAUACUCAUCACAAGGUAGAUUAUCUCAAUUAGAUCCAAGAAUAUCACAAGGUCCAUACGCAACACCAUUUCCACAUCAACAACAAAGAUCAUUAUAUCAACAAGGUGUAAUGGAAACACCUCAAGGUAUGUUUCUUCAACAACAACAACCAUAUCCUAUAUCUAUUAAUACAACAAAUCCACAUUUCUUUAUGAAUCAAACAAGUUUACCUUCACCACCAGCAUAUCCUGGUGCUGCUAUGGAUAUGGGAGCAAUUAAUGUAAGUAUAAAUGGUCCUCAAGAAAUGUUUCAAAAUACAUAUUCAUCAAAUCAAGGAAUACCAAUUUCUUCUGAUGAUGUUACAUCACCAAAUUCAUUUAGACUUCAUAAUCCAAAUGCCGUGGGUAGUCGUUUAGAUCCAUCACUUGAGUUAAAUAAAAAUUUAACAAAUUGGGGUAUGACUUAUAAAACUGAACAAAAACCACGUAGAAGACAAUGGGCCAAUCAAAAUAGACCAUCUGGAACUGGUACAAAAAGUGAACAUGAUAUUGUACACCUUUCUGAUAAUACUACUGUUGAGACUAAUAAAGAUUUUGACAAUGAAACAAAUAAUAAAGAAGAAAAUGAAAAUAUAAUAAAUGAAAAAGAAAUUUUAUCUAAACAUCAAUCACCACCAAGAGAUCCAACCUCCACAAAUGAUAAAGAAAAUAAUAUAAAACCUAAAGAUGAAUCAACAAUAAAAUUAAUGAAAUCAUCAUCAUUAAAACAAGUUACAUCAAGUGAAGUUUUUGAUUUUGUAGCAUCAGAAAGUACUGAGAUUACCGAUGAAAUGAAAGCCAAAAGAGAUGCAUUUAUAAAAGCUCAAAUGAAAAGGAAAGAAAAAGUUGCAGCAAAAGCAGAGGAAUUAGAUGCUAAAUUAGAGGAGAUGAGACAAAAAGAAAUUGCAAAACAGGAGAUGGCUGAACAAAGAAAAAUUGAUGCAGAAAUAAGGAGACAAAAAGCUUUGGAAAAUUAUAAAAAAAGAAAAGCUGAAAAAGAGUCAAAUGAGAUGGGAAGAAGUAUGUCUGGAAGUAUGUCAGCAAGAAGUGGUUUAGGUUCUUCACAAAUUUCAUUAAAUAGAGGUAAAAGUCAACCACCUAUUGGUAGACCAACAAAUCAAAAUAAUGAAAUGUCAUCUUCAAGUAUAGUUCAAAGGAAAGGUAGUCGAAAUCAGUUGGUGACAGAUGAUAGUGGUCAACAAAAAAUAUUUGUUGCAUCUAUUCAGGAACCAACAUUAAAAUUAUUUGCCAAAAAAGCCCCAAAAUCAAAUCGUGGUCUUAUUGUAAAUGCAUUAAAUUUCAGUGUUUUUCCUGGUGCUGUAUGGAAUGAACAGAGAACAAAAGUUCAGGGUGCAUUGGCACAAUCUGAUUCAAAACAUUUUUUGGUUCUUUUUAGAGAUCAAAAAUGUCAAUAUCGUGGUCUUUAUACAUGGGAUGAAGUUUCAGAUACUGUAUAUCGGUUAGAUGGAACAGGACCAAAAAUUAUUAAAGAAAGUAUGAUGAAUUUGAUGUUUAAGUAUGAUUCAGGUGCCAAAUCAUUUACAAUAAUUCCCUCAAAACAUUUAUCAGCCACAAUUGAUGCAUUUUCUUUACAAGAUCAGUAUUGGCAAAGAGCUAAAAUUCCUCAUAGUUCCAAUACGGUUCGGUAA